UCUUCGAAAAGUUCCAAAAUGGCCAUGCCUUCUGAAAAUAAGGGGAGAAAAAAAACAUUAAAAAAAAAACAGAAAGAGAAAUGGCAACAAAUUUUCUCUCCACUGCAGCUAAUCCCAUUCUUCCGCCAUCGUCACCAUCACCAUCUUCUUCCUCAUCGUCUUCUUUGUUAGCAUAUGGUUGCCCCCUAAAAUGCAAUUUCAAGAGGAAACAAAUUCUCUGCAAAUCGGUGAACCUCCCGGAGGAGUUACAUCGUCCUGUUGUAACCAAAAGAAUCCUCUCUCUUAGCUUCUUCACUAGCUUCGUGCUUUCAUUUGCUGGUGGUAAGGGAAGCUCUGAUGCGAAUGCAGCUAUACUGGAGGCAGACGAUGAUGAGGAGCUCUUGGAAAAAGUGAAGAGGGACAGAAAGAAGAGACUUGAGAGGCAAGGUGUGAUCAGUUCAUCCAAGAAAGAAACAGAAUAUCUUCAAGACCUGGUGUACAAUCUGAGCAGAGUUGGUCAAGCCAUUGAAAACGAUGAUCUGGCUACUGCCGGUUCUGUUCUUGGCGGAAGCACUAGUACAGACUGGGUUCAAAAGGCUAAUAUAGCCUUUAACAAGCUGAGCUCGAGUCCUGAAGAGAAAGAUGAGGUGGAUAUAUUCAAUUCUUCACUGGCAUCUCUGAUUUCAUCAGUUGCUAAGAAGGAUGUGGAGUCUUCCAAAAUCGCCUUUGUGUCUUCCGCUAGUGCAUUUGAGAAGUGGACGUCAUUGACAGGACUGUUUGCACAGCUGAAGGGACUUUGAAGGGAAGGAAACCAUGGUUAUUUCUUCUUGUCGUCCUGGAAUGAAUAUGGAUAAAUUAUCCAAUCUUCCACCCGAUAAAUGCAGAUUGCAAUUUUGAUGCUAAAACUUGAGAACUAAAUUUUUGUUCAAACUGUGUAUAAAUACCCAAUUAAGGAAGCCAGCCAGUUUCCAACA